AUGCAUUUUGAGGGAACUGCCUUUACUAUUCGAGAGCGUCAAUUGCUUGGGAUCCAUGGCCUCCUUCCUCCGGCCGUUUCUGAUCUGGAGGCUCAGUCAAAGAAGAUGAUUAGCAACUUAAAGAGACUCGAGGAUAACCUCCAGCGCUAUAUCUUUUUAAUUGGUUUGCAAGAUCGCAACGAAACCCUGUUCUAUAAAGUAGUAACUGAACACACUGAAUACUGUCUGCCGCUUAUUUAUACACCUACCGUGGGUUUGGCUUGUCAGCGUUAUGGCUUAGUCUUCCGUAGACCUCGUGGUCUCUACAUCACCGUGCACGACCGUUACAACAUUGAUGAUAUCUUGAAAAACUGGCCUGAGCCCAUUGUUCGUGCAAUUGUGGUGACAGACGGUGAGCGUAUUCUCGGUUUGGGUGACUUGGGCGCCUACGGAAUGGGCAUCCCGGUUGGAAAACUCUCGCUCUACUCGGCUCUGGCGGGUGUCAACCCACGCCACUGCCUCCCUGUCGUUCUGGACGUCGGCUCGGACAACAAGGACCUCCUCAAUGAUCCUUUCUACAUGGGUGUCGCUCACAAGCGCAUUCGUGAUUCUCGUUACGAUGAACUACUGGACAACUUCAUGCGCGCAGUUGUCAGACGCUACGGGAACAAUUGUUUGAUUCAGUUUGAAGAUUUUGGCAACCGUAAUGCCUUCCGCAUUUUGGAGCGUUAUCGCAACGAUUAUUGUACAUUCAACGACGACAUACAAGGGACCGCGUCGGUGACCGUUGCUGGUCUGAUUGCUGCCGGACGCCUGACUGGACGCAGUAUCUCUGAUGACACUUAUCUUUUCGUCGGUGCUGGUGAGGCUGCCAGUGGAAUAGCCCAUCUACUGAAGACUGCCAUGAUGAUGCACGGCGUGUCUGAGGACGAGGCCAUCAACCGGAUCUACAUGUACGACAAGGACGGUCUCCUUGUUCAGGGUCGCCCAGAAGGCAACAUCGACGAUCACAACGGUACCUUCGCCCGCACUGACGUCGAACCAAUGAGGAACCUUGAGGAAAUUGUGAAAAAAUUCAAACCAACCGCUCUCAUUGGCGCGUCAGGAGUUGGAGGCCUUUUUACUCACCGCAUUCUUCAACAAAUGAAAAAGAAUGUCGACAGGCCCAUUAUUUUCGCCCUCAGCAACCCCACCGACAAGGCUGAGUGCACAGCCGAGGCCGCCUACAAAAUCACACAGGGCGCCUGUGUGUUCGCGAGUGGUUCUCCGUUCGGCGAGGUGACAGUUGAUGUGGCAGGGCAACAGAAAACCUUCAAGCCCGGCCAGUGCAACAACUCCUACAUCUUCCCUGGUGUCGGCUUGGCCAUCACGGCCUGCAAGCUGCGUCCGAUUCCCGACGAGUGCUUCGCCAUCGCCGCCGAAUGUCUGGCAGAUCAAGUGAAAGAUGAAGAUCUGGCAUUGGGUCGGGUGUUCCCGCCGCUCAGCCAAAUUAGACCCGUCUCCCUGGCGAUUGCGCAUCGUGUCGCUGAGUACGCCUACGAGGCGGAUAUCGCUCACCUCAUCCCCAAACCGAACAAUCUCGUCUCCUACAUCCAAAACCAAAUGUACGUGCCGAGUUACGACAACGCUCUGCCCGAGUUCUACAGCUGGCCCGAAGACGCGCUUCGCAGGCGAUGUGAGUAG